UCAUCCAAUGGCAGCUCAUUUAUUUAUCGUUUUCUCUUUGCUUAACGUCGCAUUUGCAAGAAACCAUGGAGCGUUGUCGUCGGAGGAAAUUCACUGGAAAUCAAAGUUCCCCAACACCCCCAUGCCCGAAGCUUUGAAAAACCUUUUACCGCCUCCACCUUCUGGUAAAAGCAAAGAACUCGAAGGAGUGAAUGCCCCUAUCAAUCCAUUCAUAAUUUAUGAGAAUCGUGACAAAGCUAAGAAAUCUAAAGGCGUGAAUGCUCCUAUCAAUCCUUUCAUAAUUUAUGAGAAGCAAUCUAAAGGAAACAAGAAUUCUUUGGGACGUAAACAUGGGAACGCAUCAAUGAAUGAAACUAUCUACUUCUUCCAAGAGGACCUGCGCCCCGGUAAGAUGGUUAAGUUACCACUAGUCGUGAAGCCCAGGGAUUUCACCACAUUCUUGCCUCAACAAGUUGCUCAGUCGAUACCCUUUUCGUCUGAUAACUUUCCUGAAAUUCUGAAGCACUUCUCUUUUGGUUCCGACUCCACGGAAGCUGAUGCCAUGAAACAAACAAUUAAAGGUUGUGAGAGACGAGCCAUGCGUGGAGAACAAAUGUUUUGUGCCACUUCGUUCGAUUCGUUUGUUGAUUUGAGUGUUUCAAAGCUUGGAAAAAAUAUUCAGCUUCUAGCCAGUGAGCUUGGGAAAGAGACGAGCAACCCAAUGUUUACCAUCGGAAGGGGAAUACAAAACAUGGGAGAAGAGGAGCUUGUUUGCCACAAGAUGAUGUAUCCGUAUGCUGUGUUCUUGUGUCAUUCAAUCGAGGGAACCGUGGUGUAUAAAGUUACAUUGGUCGGCACCGAUAGGAUGAAAGCUAACGCCGUAGCUAUUUGCCAUAAAGACACAUCGGCAUGGAGCCCCGACCACCCUGCCUUUUUUAUUCUAAAUGUUAAACCAGGAACCAUCCCCAUUUGUCAUUUCGUUGUUAGAGAUACUCUCGUCUGGGUUCGUAAAUGAACUGCAUGUCUAAAAGUUUGUGAUCUUGAGAGAUCACUUUGAAGUUUUUCAUAAAUAUCGAAUAAAUUGCU